GGCAGGCUCAAUGUGGAACGGAGUGCAUACUAACCACUCAUCCACAAAAUUGUCAUUUCCCCAAUCAACCCGAAUAUAGGAGUAAUAUUAUUAGUGAAAUUUAAUAGGAGCAAUUACAAUUUAUAUAUUACCCAUAGAGAGUAAUUAAGUAAUUAAGCCAAUAGUAUACCACCACAAUCUGUAUUAUAUUGACUUACACAAUAAGACAUGUCUGAACCUUCAGUUCCGUUUAAGGUCAAAUCGAUUUUCGAAUAUAAGUCAGAUUACGAGGAUGAUUUAAGUUUCGGGAUCGGAAAGAUCAUUACUGUUAUUGAGAUUGAAGAUGAAGAAUGGUAUUCAGGUGAAUUCGAAGGGAAAUCAGGUAUGUUUCCUAAGAAUUUUGUAGAAAUAAUUCCUCAAGAACCUACAAUUGCAGUUCCAACGACUCGUCCAUCACCUAAGAAAUCUCAAAGUCAUAAAUCUGAGCCAAAUGAACCAAUUACUGAAUCAAUUGAUGAAUCAUUGUCUUCUACUACUAAUAAGCCACCAAUUAGUCCAACUUCAUCUUCAAUUUCAACUUCAAUUUCUAGUAAGGUUCCACUUCCCUUCCAUGGAAAUCAAAGAAUUAAUGAUCCUUAUAGUAUUAAAAAGCAAUUUGUAGCUACAGGUCAUUCAUCUUAUGUUCCUCAAGUUAAACCAAGAGAUGAUUCAUUAGUUAGUCAUGCCAUUCAUGAUGUAGCUCAUGAUGAAAAAGAAAUAGUUAAAUCUACUUCUGUUGAUGAAAAUCAAGAGCAAGAACCAGAAGAACCAAAAGUAAGCUUAAAGGAUCGUAUUGCUUUAUUACAAAAACGUCAACAAGAAGAAGCUGAACGUGAAGCUGCAGCCAUAAAGAAGAAAGAAGAAAAGAAAAAGAGACAAGAAGAAGAAAAGAAGAGAUUAAAACAGAAAAAGGCAGAAGAUGAAGCAGCAGCAGCAGAUGCAGCAACCCAUGAAGAAUUAUCACCAAGAAAAUCCAUAGCCAGCCACGAAACAGUCGAAGCUGAUGAAAUUGAUGAAGCUGGUCAAGAAGAUCAAGAAGAUCAGGGUGAAGUAAUUCAAAAGAAUGUUGAAGAAAUCGAUGCGGCUGAACAUGAACAAGAGGAGCAUGAACAAGAACAUGAAGAGGCUGACGAAGAUGAAGAUGAUAACGAAGAAGAUGAGGCUGAAGAUGUAUCAGAAGAUGAAGAUGAUAAACGUAGAAGAUUAGUUGAACGUAUGGCUAAGAUGUCUGGUGGUAGAAAUAUGUUUGGUAUGAUGGGAAUGGCUACACCUUUUGGAGCUCAUGCUACUGUUGAAAAAACUCCUAGCAAGUCAAGGAAAUCUUCAAAAUCAGAGACAGGACCAGAAAGUCCAACAGCUCCAGCUCCAGCUCCAUCUUCAGCUCCUAGAGUUCCACUUCCUGGUUUACCAACAGGAACUCAACCACCAAUUUUAAGAGAAUCUUCAUCUAUGGUUGAAGAAGAUUCUGAUUCUGAUGAUCAUUAUGUUGAAGUAGAACAUCCAACUAAUUUAAAUGCUGCUUUGAAUAAGGAGAAUGGACCCAUAUCUAAGAAUCUUGUAGAGGCAUCUGAUAGUGGUAUAGAUGAUAUUAGAAAGGUUUCUGAACCAAUCAAAAUCACUCAACCACCUAUUGAACCCGAAGCUACUGGUUAUGAAGCUGAUGAAGAUUUAUCUGAUUUGAAAACUAAUACUCUUGAAAGUGAUGUAGAAAUCCCACCUCCACCUCCACCUACUAAGAAUACCGGUACUCCACUUAACAAGAAUGUUUUAUCUGCUCCACCUGUACCAUCUGCUCCUUCAAUUCCUACAAGAGAUCUUGGUGCUCCUCCACCAGUGCCAGUACAUAUUCCACAGAUUCCUCAGGUCCCAUCUGCUCCACCUGCUAUUGGAUCACGUCCUCCACCUCCACCUCCACCUACUGCACCACCCGUUCCAACUGCUCCAGUUCCUGGUAAUGUUUCCUACAGAGAUGAAGAUGAAGACCAAGCUCAGGAUGAAGGAGAAGAACAAGAACAAGAUGAUGAAGAUGAUGAUGAAGAAGAAGAUGAUGAUGCAACACCAGUGUUAGAGCAUCAAGAAAUAUCACAAUCUGUUUCUGAUGAUGAUUUUGCAUUUACUCCAAAUGUUCCAGCUAGAGCACAAACUAUUCCAACAUCGUUUUAUAAUCCACCAUCGGUAGCUGGUGUACCACCAAUUCCUCCUGCAAUUCCUCCAAUUCCUACCACAUUCCCACCACCAUCUGAAACUAUUAGAAGAGCAUCUACUGAUGUAUAUGCUCAUCAACCAAUUAGUACUACAUCUACUGGAGCAUCAUUUGGUUCUAGAAAAUCAAUAGAUUCAAGAAGUGGUAAAUCUAGUAGUGGUAAAGAAGAAUCUCAAGCUGAUGCUGUAUUUAUAGAAUUAGAAAAUGAUAUUAAUUCUAAUCCACUUGCAUCAUCAUGGUGGUUAACUAAUCAAUUACCUGAUAGUUUAACUAGUAGAAUUGGGAAUGAUUUAAUCUUUGAAAUUGAUCAAAAUAGAAUUACUAAACGUGGAGGUCGUGAAAUUGAGUAUAAAGAUUAUUAUAUAUUAUUUUAUGAUUUAUCACAAAUUGUCAUUGAAUUAGAAUAUGAAAUUAAAGAUCCUAGAUCAACCUUUAAAUUAGUUAAUUUAUCUACAAAGAGUAUUCCUAUUGUUCGAAAGGAUUUAUUAGAUAAUUAUCAUCGAUCAUUUAGUAAUUCAAUAAUUAAUUAUGCUGGACAAUUAAUUGGUAAUAAAGUUAAUGAUAAUAUUGCCAGAUUAUCUCUUGAAACUAUUUCAUCAUCAAUAGUUAAACCAAUUGGUAGUAAAUCAUUUGGAGUAACUGUUUAUAAAAAUAUUAAUAAUUCAAAUAUAAUUAAAAUUGAUGAAAUUAAACCAGGAGAUAUUUUAUGGAUUAAGAAUGGGAAAUUCCUGAGUCAUAAAGGUAUAGGAAUUGGAUCAAAAUCAAUUAUACUUCCUGAAGAAUAUAUUUCAGUAAUUUAUGAAUUUGAUGCUAGUAAAAAGGAUAAAUUAAAAGUUAUUGAAAAUGAUGCUAGUGGUCAUGUUAAGAAAGAAUCAUAUAAAUUAAGUGAAUUUAAGAGUGGUAGAAUUAGAAUUUUCAGACCAGUUGCGAGAGAUUAUGUUGGAUGGAGUUAAGUUACAAUUACACUUUUGUAUAGUUAUUUUUUUUUUUUUGUUAGUUUUAUGAUUAUAUGAUAUUAUAC